UUGCCGUAAUGGAAAAGUUGCAGGGGCGUGGGAGCGUACGAACGAAGGCCCGCUCUCGCUUCGUCAAGUCUUCGGAGUGACUUGCCAGUCGCCAUUUGGUUGAAUUUUCAUUACGUUUUGGUCGAUUCGAGCUUCUCUGGUUGCAUUGAAGCUUAUGAUUAUUGAUCUCAAAGGAAAAAGGAAAAUCUGAGCAGACAUGGAGGCGGGUCGUCCUCCAAAGUCCACGAGCUUCGUUUCCAUGAUUUCCAUCUGUUUCUUCUUCGCUUCUGUUCGCUCUGUUCCAUCACUUAUUGGAGUUCACCCCCUCGACGAGAAGUAUUAUUCAUCGGAGGUCAUAAAGUGCAAAGACGGGUCUAGAUCUUUCACCAUUGACCGUCUGAACGACGAUUUCUGCGACUGCGUCGAUGGAACUGAUGAGCCUGGUACUUCUGCCUGUGCAAGAGGGAAAUUUUAUUGUAGAAAUAUGGGAAGUACCCCACAGUUCAUAUUUUCUUCCCACGUCAAUGAUCGUAUUUGUGAUUGCUGUGAUGGAAGUGAUGAAUAUGAUGGUAAUAUCUUUUGUCCAAACACCUGUGUCAUGGGGGGAAAUAUAGCGUACAAGAGCAACAAUUAUAUUUCGACUACUCAAGAUGUGCAUAUAGUCAACAGAAAAGUAAAGGAGGAAAUCACCAAGGAGGACUUGUUUCAGAAGCUAAUGGGUUUGAAGUUAGUAAUAGUCCUACAGGUAGCUCUCACAAGUUUUGCAGUGUUCAUAUGGGUAAACCGUUGUCGUGCAAGAUCUAAAAGAAGACGACACCGUUGAAUCUAGCGUCGCAGUCGUCACUCUGCUCUGCUACAAUAAGUGCAUCUCCCAUCCAUUGUCGACCGAGGUUCAUUGGCUGCCAAGGACUAAGCUCUGGUAUAUAUAGAUCGAUCUUAAGCAAACCACAUGACCAAACCAUCCUGCUAAUCCAUCACAGCAUCAGAAUAACACAAAGGAUUAGUAUAGGCUAUCUAUAUCAAUUUUGUUACAAUAUAGGCUAAUAGGUUGCCCCAUUAGUAAAAUUAACGGGUUUCUUCCUCCCCAACCGAGGUUCAAAACCCGUCCCCUGCUAUGUAACAUAUCAAAAAGAAUCAAUUUUGUUUCAGUGUUUGUCUUGUAUGAAGAUGAUACACAUGCAGCAUGACUUUCAAAACCACCCGAUCGAUCACUUUCUUGAA